GCGUCAGUCAUGGGAGAACAUUGGUGUUUCCCUCGUGGUGCUCUGGCUUGGCUCUUGACGCUCAUGCUCUGGCUCGCGAGGUCUGUGGUGAGCGAGACAGAUCCAGAAGAAGAAGUUCAAAACAUCACAAGGUUCACACGAAUCCUGGACACGUUGCUGGAUGGGUAUGACAACAGGCUAAGACCCGGCUUAGGAGAUCGAGUGACGGAGGUGAAGACGGACAUUUAUGUCACCAGCUUUGGCCCAGUGUCAGACGCAGACAUGGAGUACACGGUGGACGUGUUCUUCAGGCAGAGCUGGUGGGACGACCGGCUGAAGUUCAACGGGCCCAUGAACAUCCUGCGCCUGAACAACCUCAUGGCCAGCAAGAUCUGGACGCCGGACACCUUCUUCCACAACGGCAAGAAGUCGGUGGCCCACAACAUGACCAUGCCCAACAAGCUGCUGCGCAUCAUGGAGAAUGGAACACUGCUGUACACCAUGCGCCUCACGGUCCAAGCUGAGUGUCCGAUGCACCUGGAGGAUUUCCCCAUGGACUCCCACUCCUGCCCUCUCAAGUUUGGCAGCUAUGCGUACACCACCUCGGAGGUUACGUAUGUCUGGACGCGUAACCCUGCCGACUCGGUCCAGGUGGCUCCUGACGGCUCGCGACUCAAUCAGUACGACCUACAGGGGCUGGCUGUCAACAAGGAGACCGUCAAAUCCAGCACAGGGGAGUACACAGUGAUGAUGGCCCACUUCCACCUGAAGAGGAAGAUUGGCUACUUUGUCAUCCAGACGUACCUGCCCUGCAUCAUGACCGUCAUCCUCUCCCAGGUCUCCUUCUGGCUCAACCGGGAGUCCGUUCCUGCCAGGACAGUUUUUGGUGUGACAACAGUGCUCACCAUGACAACCCUGAGCAUCAGCGCACGCAACUCACUGCCGAAGGUCGCCUACGCCACGGCCAUGGACUGGUUCAUCGCCGUCUGCUACGCCUUUGUCUUCUCGGCGCUCAUUGAGUUCGCCACCGUCAACUACUUCACCAAGAGGGGCUGGGCCUGGGACGGCAAGAGCAUCGUCAACGACAAGAAAAAGGAGGCCUCUAUCAUGAAGAAGAACAACGCCUAUGCCGUGGCGGUGGCCAACUAUGCCCCGGCCAUUGGCAAAGACUCCACGCUGCCCACGGUCUCUAAGAGCGCCGGCGGCAGCGGGGGCACGGAGGCGGGGGGCAAGACGGGUCGCACCGAGGGGGGCAAAGUGGAGGCCAAGAAGACCUUCAACAGCGUCAGCAAGAUCGACCGCAUGUCCCGCAUCAUCUUCCCCGUCCUCUUUGGCAUCUUUAACAUGGUCUACUGGGCCACCUACCUGAACAGAGAACAGAAGAAACUUGUGAUGCCUGCAACAUGA